AUGAGUCAAAAUCCAGUUUCGCUAAAUUCCCCUAACUUCGGUAAUACCUCCUACCGUGUCACUGGAAGUCCUGGUUUAUUUGUUCAAGGUUCCCAGUUCAUUAUAGGAAGCAAUCAGACUAGUUCAGAGAGAUCUUAUGUUAUCCUCAAGGUCCUCGGUCGGGGUGCCUUCUCCACCGUCUCGUUCUGUGAUUGGCAAAGCCCACUGCCCUCCAGCGCACGGUUUUUGCGCACCCCCAAGUUUCCGACAUCAAAUAGAAUAGUUGCGCUUAAACGGGCCCGAGUCACCGACGCAGACGCUCCAAUAUCAACGGUCCCCGAGAUCCUUGCCUUGCGCACCAUUCCGCCUCAUCCGAAUGUCAUACCACUGUACGAUUACUUCCGCCCCCAGAAUUCUCCAAGUCGAGACAUCUACCUCGUCCUCGAGGCGAUGGAGGGCAAUCUUUACCAACUCAUAAGAGCGCGUCGUGGCCGACCUCUUACGCCAGGCCUCAUUUCCUUCAUAUUCCAUCAGCUUGCCCUCGGCCUGGAUCACAUCCACUCCCACUCCUUCUUCCACCGCGACAUAAUGCCCGAAAAUAUCCUGGUCACGACAACUGGCUUGGGCCGGUAUUUGACGUCUGCAGACCCUGGCUCCACUUUGCGAGAGACGGAUCUCGUUGGAGUGUUCAAGAUUGGAGACUUCGGCGCAGCACGGCAGACAACGAGCAGGCCACCGUACUCCGAGUACAUUGCCACCCGCUGGUAUCGUGCACCAGAAGUCCUGCUUUCCAGUCGCACGUACAAUGCCGCCGUGGACAUGUGGGCGCUCGGGGCCGUGAUGGCGGAAGUGGUCAACUUACAGCCGCUGUUCCCUGGCACUGAUCAAGUCGAUCAGGUGUCGAAGAUCUGCGCAGUGCUAGGAAGUCCCAGCUCUGACAGCGUUUUCGACGACCGAGGAUUCCCAGUCGGCGGUGGCCCGUGGCCAGCUGGAAUUAGCCUGGGCCAGAGCGUUGGCUUCCAAUUUCCGCUGGUCACCGCGAGGCCUUUCUACAAUCACUUCGGUCCAUCCGUUAAUGCUUUGCUGGUCGAGUGUAUCCGCGGACUGCUCCUCUACGACCCCCAGAUCCGACUGUCAAGCCGGGAUUGCUUGGAUCAUCCCUACUUCGAAGAAACCGAAGUAAUGCGACAGCCACUCAUCCAGCCUGUCAUUAACCUGAAUCAGUAG